AAUCAACCAAAUGGUCGGUCCCUGGGUUUAAUAAACCUCUAAUAAUAAUGGCUUUGCUUUUACUCUGAUGACUUGUUCAAAAAUGGAACAAAGAUCACUCCUUUGCUUCCUUUACCUUCUCCUACUCUCCAAUUUUACUCUCAGAGUCGCCGCAAACGUCGAAGGUGAUGCUUUGACUCAGCUGAGAAACAGUUUAUCAUCAGGUGACCCAGCAAACAAUGUACUCCAAAGCUGGGAUGCUACUCUUGUUACUCCAUGUACAUGGUUUCAUGUUACUUGCAAUCCUGAGAAUAAAGUUACUCGUGUUGACCUUGGGAAUGCAAAACUAUCUGGAAAACUGGUUCCAGAACUUGGUCAGCUUUCUAACUUGCAGUACUUGGAGCUUUAUAGCAAUAACAUUACUGGGGAGAUACCUGAGGAGCUUGGCAACUUGAUGGAACUAGUAAGCUUGGAUCUUUACGCGAACAGCAUAAGUGGUCCCAUCCCUUCGUCUCUUGGCAAACUAGGAAAACUCCGGUUCUUGCGUCUUAAUAACAAUAGCUUAUCAGGAGAAAUUCCAAUGACUUUGACUGCUGUGCAGCUGCAAGUUCUGGAUAUCUCAAACAAUCGGCUCACUGGAGAUAUUCCUGUGAAUGGUUCCUUUUCGCUCUUCACUCCUAUUAGUUUUAUGAAUAAUAACUUAACGGCGCUUCCUGAACCUCCACCUACUUCUACCUCUCCUACUUCACCACCACCUUCAGGGAGUCAAAUGACUGCAGCAAUAGCAGGGGGAGUUGCUGCAGGUGCAGCACUUCUAUUUGCUGUUCCAGCCAUUGCGUUUGCUUGGUGGCUCAGAAGAAAACCACAGGACCACUUUUUUGAUGUACCUGCUGAAGAAGACCCAGAGGUUCAUUUAGGACAACUCAAAAGGUUUACCCUGCGUGAACUGUUAGUUGCUACAGAUAACUUUAGCAAUAAAAAUGUAUUGGGUAGAGGUGGUUUUGGUAAAGUGUAUAAAGGACGUUUAGCCGAUGGCAAUCUAGUGGCUGUGAAAAGGCUAAAAGAAGAACGUACCAAGGGGGGGGAACUGCAGUUUCAAACCGAGGUUGAGAUGAUCAGUAUGGCCGUUCAUAGGAACUUGCUUCGGCUUCGUGGCUUUUGCAUGACUCCAACUGAAAGAUUACUUGUUUAUCCCUACAUGGCUAAUGGAAGUGUUGCUUCGUGUUUAAGAGAGCGUCCUGAAGGCAAUCCACCACUUGAUUGGCCAAAAAGAAAGCAUAUUGCUCUGGGAUCAGCAAGAGGGCUCGCGUAUUUACACGAUCACUGUGACCAGAAAAUCAUUCACCGGGACCUCAUCACUGGACAGAAAGCUUUCGAUCUUGCUCGGCUUGCAAAUGAUGAUGAUAUCAUGUUACUCGACUGGGUGAAAGAAGUGUUGAAAGAGAAGAAGUUGGAAAGCCUUGUAGACGCAGAGCUUGAAGGAAAGUACGUGGAAGCAGAAGUGGAGCAGCUGAUUCAAAUGGCUCUGCUCUGCACUCAAAGUUCUGCAAUGGAACGUCCAAAGAUGUCAGAAGUGGUGAGAAUGCUGGAAGGAGAUGGUUUAGCUGAGAGAUGGGAAGAAUGGCAAAAGGAGGAGAUGCCAAUACAUGAUUUUAAUUAUCAAGCCUAUCCUCAUGCUGGCACUGACUGGCUCAUCCCCUAUUCCAAUUCCCUUAUCGAAAAUGAUUACCCCUCAGGUCCAAGAUAACCUUUAAGAAAGGGUCAUUUCAUGU